CGAAAAGAGCUCUGCCUGAAAGCAUUUGGAUGCACAUAUUCUGAGCAUAUUAAACAUCCAGAUCUUAUUGUUAAACCCCACAAGAGAGCUACAUAGGUUGCGGGAAUUAGAAAUCUUCAUCUACUCUGGCUUCAAAAUAAAAGACAAGUUUAGGAAUACAACCUUUAUCCGAGACUGGGAAGUUAAUUACCAUCCUAAAUAUCGAAGGUCCUCUCCAACAACGGCACCGCUCAAAACUAAAAAAAAAAAUCCAAAGAGAAAUCAUUAUUUUGCGAUUUACGUUUUAUUUGAUCUGAGGCAUUUUUUAACCAAACUAGCCAAGCGUGUAAGUCAAAUGCUAAAAGGACUCCUAUUAACGAUGUUUUAAGUUUUAUUAUGAUAUAUAUGUAAUCUCUUCUGUGUGGCGGAAUUAUGCGUUCAUACAUCCAAAUAUAUGUGAAAUAGCAUUUAUGAUGAGGAAUAACAGUAAAACUCGCUAUGCAUAAACGAAAAUGUCUCUUUAAAAUAAUUAAAAAGCUUUAAAAAAGACACGAAAAUGACAACGAAGUGCGCUCAAGUGACACCAAGUCAGUCACCAGCAACAACACCCCAAUAAACCUUGCAAAUGCAUGCGUUUGAAGAAAAGAAAAUAAAUUGGUGACAAAACAGCAAAAGCAUUGCAACAGCGACAGCAAUCAUUUAAACAUUUACUGCGUGCAACAUUGCGUGGCAAAAGUAAUUUUCUUCAAUAAUUGAAGCCCGCGCAUCCAAGUAACCAUAAGAAAUUUAGUCUUGCAUGUGGAGCGAUUGCGGUUAGAUCGUGAAAUUUUUGGCUUUCAUAUACUAGGCUAGCAGCCGGAGGACUGUAGAAGAAAAUUUAAAAAUGCGCUGUACAAAAAUUGGUUGCUUGCAAAUCCUUUGCCUUAUACUCCUUGUCCGUGCAAGCGAGCACAACGAACCGACGAAGCAGCUGAACAAACGCGGCGUUGCGGAAAAUCUUGGCCAGGGUUUAAAGUUCGCAGGUCAAAUGUUUGGCAUCAACACAGCCGCCGAUGUGGCAAAUCUAGUGGCGAUGGCAUUUGGCAAUAAGAAGCCAGACUUGAUGUCACUAUUUCAGCAGAAGCAAACCAACGCGGCUGAGGCUGAUAGUGAAUCGGAUGCAUCGCAACAGGACACAGGCUCGCAGGAGCAGCAGCCAUCGAAUGUAAAGCACAGGCAUCGUUACAAACAACAGCAGCAGCAGCAGCAACAACAAGAGACGGAUGAGAGUGACGAGCAGUCAAGAGAACCGCUCAGUAAUUCAGAAUUCAGCACCAGUCGAUUCGUUACAGGCGUAUUGCGCAUGAUUGGCUUCGACGCUACCAAAUUGGGUGCACUGGCAAUAAAUGCAUUAAUUAUGAUUGCGCAGGCGAUUGGUAAUGCAUUUACGGCGCCAACACGUACCAGCGCUGGCUACACACCAUCCCCGACGACACCGUACGAUGACGGGGACGAAGGCGUGCCAGAAGCCCAACGGAAUGGGGAGCAGGAGGCACAUCAACCGCGUGCCUUACGCGAGGGUACGCCAAUCGAUUGGUAUCUAGAGAAUCCGAAUGAGGGUAUGCGUCGCACCUUGAACGAUGCAUUGGAUACGCAACUAACAGAGCGCAUCACUGAAAUGAUUGAGAAUGUGGAGCAGCAAGAGGGUCAACAGGCUGGUUGCAUUAAGUUGUUGAUGUGUAAGAGUUCGCCAAUUAUUUGGGGCAUGCAACGUUCGGUGAGUGAACGCGUAACGGGCAAGGCGACGACGGACAACACAGUGGAAGAUAAUGCGGAGGGGAAAAAGAAGGCGAAACCGAAAAAACUAUUUUCCACUGACGUGUUUUUUGCGCAUUUUCCCACACUUGAGGAGUUUCGCGAGCAUGGCGCUAUCUGUGAGGAACGCUUCGGCAAGCAAUGCAAUGUCGACGAGAAUGAUGAUACAGCGGAGACAAAAGAGAAAAAACCAAAGUAGUAAUGAGCGUGUAGUACUCGAAAGUUUCAGAAAAAUUAAAGCUUGUCUGUAGAGUAAAAGAGCCGACGCGAAAAAGUGGUAUUCUUCAAUGUAAAUACCAAGAAACUCAACAAAAAUAAAAAA